AUGCCUCCGCGACGAAGCUCACGCGGCAAGGGAAAGGAGAAGGUUAGCGAUGAUGAGGCCCAGGCUGACCCACCCUACGUCGCAUGGAUGAAAGAGCAGCAAAAGCAGGGGAAGACGUCCCCAUCUAUCAAGCGUAUGGCUAAGGCCGUACGCGAAACUGCGGGCGCCAGCACUAGCCGAAGUUCUCGGCAUGACUAUCCCGACACAGGCGCCGAUACUGACGUCUCCGAUGACGAUCUCGAGGAGAUCGUCUCGGAGUCGGAUAGCGAUGCCGACUCAGCCGAUUACAAACGCGGCAGUGAAGAGGACGAGGAAGAUACUGAUGGAGGCGAAGACGGAAGCGGUGAUGAGCGCAGCACACGCCCGUCGAAGAAGGAGCAGCGGGCUCCUGCGUCCCGCAACAAGUGCGUGUGGUCGGACGCCGAGUUGACGUCCCUGGCGGCCGCUCGUUGGAACACUAAAGACGGCCUGAAGGCUAUGCAGGGCAAGCAGGGGAGCCAGUACUGGAGGAAGCUCCGCGCCCACAUGCUUGAGAAGGACAAAAAUUGGGACCGCGAUGAGGGACAGAUGUCCAACGCCUGGAAACGCCUCGAGAAGAAGUACAUGAAAAUGAAGCGGGGGGAGGGACAGAGCGGAGGGAGAGCAAUAAAGAAAAAACCGUGGUGGGAAUACGUCUACCACCUAAAAAAGCACUCGGCGAAGGCCAAGGCGCACACCCUCGACGGUGGAGGCGCGGCGAACGUCAACGUCCAAGCGUACGCCCCGGUGCCCGGCUGCUCCGACCGGGAAACUUCCGCGCCUCUAUCGGAGGGCCGUGGGCGCUCUAACCGCCGUCAGGCGACCACACCAGAUGCCGGGGUGACUCCACCCCCUAAACGACGGCGGAUUGAGGAGACUGCCACCAUGGCGGUCGCAAAGAUGGUGAGCGAGGCCAUCAACUCCACCAAUGCGACGGUGGUGCGACAGCUGCAAGACUCCACCCAGCUCCUUGUCGCCGCCAUGAACAUGGCGGCGCUCCAGGCUGGCUUUCGACUGCAGAUAGCCAGCCCGCCAGCGCCAAACGCGGCACCGUCGAAUACCCCGACUCCAGCCCAUCCGGAAGUUGCGGGCGACGAGAACAUGGCGGGGUCCGAGGAUGUUGAGGAGCAUGCGGAGCCUUAG